GAAUUACUGGCUGCUCGCUCCACAGCGCAGCCCACCGCCUCUGCUCCAAUCACGGGCAGGCUCGCGCUCCCCCCGUUCUCACCAACCUACUGGUUCACAAUUUCAUACAUCGGUCUGGAGGUAUUGCCUCACAUCAACCCAACUUGAUUUCUCAUUGCUGUCUGAAGAUGAGAGUAUCCAUCGCGGUGCCAUCUGCAUGCUUGACCUAUCUCGGGCUCUAGACCCGGAGCUGGGAAGGGAGGGAGAGUAACCUCUCUCUUCUGUCACCAUCGCUCGCUUUGCGUUCCACGGACACCGGGAGCAAGCCGACACUCGAUUAGGAGAGAAAUAAUUGAAUCGUAUAGCGAAUUUGUAUCCUUUCUCUCUUAAACAAGCAUCCUAAUCCAGUCUUUCACACUGGAAACAUAUAAGCAGUGAGAAAAUAACUAGUCUCAGUAGCCGCUAUUUCUGCCGUGGAAAUACAGUUGGUAGGGUGUUGAGCCCUACUCGUAUUUGGUGAACCCUGGAUUUAGUGAACAUGGAGACGGUGGAGAAGGAGUGCGGGGCGUUAGGUGGACUAUUCCAGGCUAUUGUCAAUGAUAUGAAGUGCUCCUACCCGGUGUGGGAGGACUUCAGUGCCAAGGCCACCAAACUGCACUCACAGCUCAGAACCACAGUGCUGGCAGCAGUGGCAUUCCUGGAUGCCUUUCAGAAGGUGGCGGACAUGGCCACCAACACAAGAGGUGCCACCAGAGACAUAGGAUCAGCGCUGACUCGGAUGUGUAUGCGGCAUCGUAGCAUUGAGGCCAAACUGCGCCAUUUCACAAAUGCCCUGAUGGAGAGCUUGAUCAACCCUCUCCAGGACAGGAUUGAGGAUUGGAAGAAGAAUGCCAAUCAGCUGGACAAGGAUCAUGCCAAAGAGUACAAGAGGUCUCGUCACGAGAUCAAAAAGAAGUCCUCAGACACCAUGAAACUACAGAAAAAGGCCCGGAAAGAAAUCCAAGGCCGAGGGGACCUGCAGCCCCAGCUGGACAGUGCCAUGCAGGACGUCAAUGACAUGUACCUGCUGAUGGAGGAGACAGAGAAGCAGGCGGUGCGCCGGGCUCUGGUGGAGGAGAGGGGGCGCUUCUGCAGCUUCAUUGGUUUCCUGCAGCCUGUGGUGAAUGGAGAGAUUGCCAUGCUGGGAGAGAUCACUCACCUCCAGGCCAUUAUUGAUGAUCUCACUGUACUGACCACCGACCCCCACAAACUGCCCCCUGCCAGUGAGCAGGUGAUUAAGGACCUGAAGGGUUCAGACUACAGCUGGUCCUACCAGACUCCUCCCUCCUCCCCCAGCAGCUCUGGCUCCAGGAAGAGCAGCAUGUGCAGCAGUGUGAACAGCGCCAACAGUAGUGCCUCUCGCUCCUCCGGAGGCUCUCAAACUCACUCACCCAGUUCAUCCUAUCGCUACCGCAGCCUGGCCCAGCCGCCACCGGGGGGGGCCCAUCGCCUCAGCAGCGUCUCCUCCCACGACUCAGGCUUCAUAUCACAGGACGCCAACGUCUACUCCAAGCCACCUUCGCCCAUGCCCUCUGACAUCACCAGCCAGAAGUCAUCGAGUUCAGCUUCCUCCGAGGCUUCUGAGACAUGCCAGUCAGUGAGCGAGUGCAACUCUCCCACAACGUUUGGCUCGUCCUUCGCUACCUUCCGCCCUGCUCUCUCUCACACUGGCUCCACCAGGCCUCUCUCUGUCAUAUUUCCUGCGUCCCCACCCUAUAACUGCUCCCCAGGAUCCAACACUUCCUCUCCCACAUCAAAGGUUCCUUGCUGGAAGGAUUGGUCCAAGACCGGUCCAUAUGAGCAGCCAUUGGCUGCCACACUUCAGCGGAGGAAGGAGCCCCUGGAUAGGCUGAGGGAGAGUGAGGUGUCCCCGAGCGCCCAGGGAUACACUGGUGCUCACCCGGAUGACGGCCAGAGGACCCGGAUGACGCCCGCCACCAUCGCUGCUAAGCAUGGUGAAGAGGUUUCUCCAGCAGCCAGUGACCUGGCCAUGGUGUUGACCCGUGGGCUCAGCAUGGAGCAACAGAAGAGCCACAGGGACUCACUGCAGUACUCCAGCGGCUACAGCACCCAGACCACCACCCCGUCAUGCUCAGAGGACACCAUCCCUUCUCAAGGCUCUGACUUUGACUGCUACUCUGUGAACGGAGAUGCUGAGGGCGAGGCAUCAACUGACUUCGACAAGUCCUCCACCAUCCCCCGCCACAGCAACAUCGCCCAGAACUACCGGCGUAUGAUCCAGACCAAGAGGCCCGCCAGCACCGCCGGUCUGCCAUGUGGGGCCCAAGGUGGAAUGCAUACAGGUGGAGGGGGCGGCGGGACUCCCGGCACUGCCACCAUCCGCAGAACCCCAUCCACCAAGCCGGGGGUGAGGCGAACCCUGUCCAACGCGGGCCCCAUCCCCAUCCGCCCGCCUAUAGUCCCGGUGAAGACGCCCACCGUUCCAGAUGCACCCGGGGGUUAUCCUGGCCCUCCGGCACGUGUGGGCAGCGAGGAGUGUGUGUUCUACGUGGCUGAUGACGCCUCCCCCAAUGCGCUGGAGUACGUGAAGGCCUCUCCCAAGCGUCUGAGCCUUCCCAACACGGCAUGGGGGUCUGGCGGAGGGCUGGAGAUGAGCGUGUACACCCAGCAGGUUGGUUCCGAGGAGGACCAGAUGAUCGCCGCCAACCGCCACAGCCUGGUGGAGAAGAUAGGAGAGCUGGUGGCCAGCGCCCACGCCCUGGGGGAGGGGCAGUUCCCCUUCCCCAACCUCCCUGAUGACCCGCCACCCGGCCCAGCCCCAGAGCAAGACCCCCAGGCCCCCGGGUCAGGCACCGACGUGCUGGUGUCCAUCCGUAGGGGUGUGCGGCUCCGUAAGACCGUCUCCAACGACAGGUCGGCGCCUAGGAUUUUGUGAUGGCCUACAGCGGAGAGGAGCGU